AUGAAGACGCUUUACAUAUUGUUGCUUGUAAUUUUUGUAACGAAAGGAACCAACGGUGAGUCAGAUGAGAUAUCUAAAAUAAUCAAACCAUCGACAGAUGAGAAAACGCAACAGCAAGCUGCAUUGAAUGUUAUAAGGCGUCUCAUUCAUGAAAAAGCUGAUAACGUAGCUAUAAAAGUGAAUUUUAAAUUGCCUGUAAAUUAUUUUAAGAUCCGUAAGACAAACAACUCGGAAAUAUUACGUAUUGAAGCAAGCAGCGGAGUUGCGGCUUGUAAGGCAUUUCAUUAUUAUUUAAAGCAUUACUGCAAUGCUCAUGUCUCGUGGGAUGGAUAUCAGCUUUCAACGCUCAAUGAAUUUCCAAUUGUCAAUGUCGAGAUGAAGGCAUCGAGCCAAAUCAUUUACUAUCAAAACGUCUGUACACAUAGUUAUAGUUUCUCAUUUUGGAAAUGGACGGAUUGGCAACGACAUAUUGAUUGGAUUGCGCUAUCGGGCAUUACAUUGACUUUAGCACCUUUCCAAGAGGACGUGUGGUUGGAUGUUUUUAAAGAGUAUGGUAUGACAAACGAUGAAAUUGGUCAACAUUUUGCAGGUGUUGGAUUUUUUGCAUGGCAAAGGAUGGGAAAUAUACGUGGAUGGGGUGGUCCACUAUCCGAGAAUUUCAUUAAAUUCGCAUCAGAUCUCCAGACACAAAUCAUAAAAGCAUCAAAUGAUCUCGGUAUAUCCGUCGCGUUACAGGCUUUUGAUGGACAUUUACCUGUACAUUUCAGAACAAUAUUUCCCAAUGCCUCAUUUUCAAUCACGACAAAAUGGAACAAUUUUCCAGAUCAAUAUUGCUGUCCAUUGUUUAUUGAACCCAUCGAUCCUCUAUUCAAGGAAAUUGGCGAGAAGUUCUUAAAAACGAUGAUUAAAAAAUAUGGAACGAAUCAUAUCUAUUUCAGUGACCCAUACAAUGAAGUAUUGCCAGCGAAAGCCAAUGCCAAUUAUAUACGAAAUGUUUCACAAUCUAUAUACUCAGCAAUGAGCGCCGUCGAUGAAAGUGCUAUUUGGUUACUUCAGGGAUGGUUUUUGGUCAACAGUGGAGCUUAUUGGGUUCCGAGUUUGACAAAAGCUCUUUUAACAGCCGUGCCACAGGGGAAAAUUCUAGUUCUCGACCUGCAAAGUGAACAACAUCCACAAUAUAAUAGAACGAAUUUCUUCUAUGGCCAACCAUUCAUAUGGUGUAUGCUUCACAACUUUGGUGGUACAUCAGGCAUGCACGGAUCAAUUCGAUUAAUGAAUGAAGAAAUCCCACAAGCUGCUAAACAAGUGAAUUCAACAAUGAUAGGUGUGGGAAUAACGCCUGAAGGAAUCAAUCAAAAUUAUGUAGUCUAUGAGUUUACACUGGAGAAGGCAUGGGAAUUUAAGGAAAUUAAUCACAAGCAUUGGAUUAAACGAUAUGCUAAUAAUAGAUAUGGUUUUGAGUCCAAUAAUAUUCAGCAUGGAUGGCUACAUCUCUUGAAAAGUGUUUAUGCAUUUGAAAGUUUUGAGAACAUACGUGGCAAAUAUGUUUACUGCAGAAGACCAUCAUUAAGACUCAAUCCAUGGAAGUGGUAUGAUGGAAAAUAUGUCCGAAAAGCUCUUAAAAAGUUCCUUAAUGCAGCCACGAACGAAAGCAAUUCAUUGAAUAAUUUAUUUGAACGUGAUUUAGUAGAUUUGACGCGCCAACUUUUGCAGAUCAAAGCAGAAGAAAUUUAUCCAUCUAUCGUUAAGUCAUUCAAGCAGAAAAAUUUAAAGCAGCUUACAACCAGCUCCAAUAUGUUUUUAGAUUUAUUGAAUGACUUAGAUUAUUUGCUCGAAACACACAAUGACUUCCUGUUGGGAAAAUUUCUCAAAAGUGCUAAAGAAAUGGCAUUUGAUGAUGCCGAACGGAAGCAAUUUGAGUUCAAUGCUCGAAAUCAAAUUACGUUGUGGGGACCGAAUGGACAAAUUGUUGAUUAUGCUACAAAGCAAUGGAAUGGAAUGUUUAAAGGAUACUUCAUUCCAAGAUGGCAGCUCUUUAUCGAACAAUUGAAAAACUCACUCCAGACAAAUGUACCAUUCAAUCAAUCGAAGUUCCAACAGGAUGUCUUUAAUCAAGUAGAACUUCCAUUCAAUGAAGAAAGUACGGAAUAUCCCACUGAGGCUAAAGGAAAUCCAGUUGAAAAAGCACACGAGUUGUUUUUAAAAUGGAGAAAUAUUACCAUUAAUUAAGAUGCCUGUGUACCUAAGCAUAAACAUAAGCAUAGUUGAAUUUAAAUAAUUUUAUGUAUUUUAAUAAAUUUACAAUGGAAAUAUAGGUCUAUAAAUAUUGAGUCACAAUCACAAUCGUAAUGACAUUAUUUAUCUCGAUUCGGGAGAAAAUUAUGUGGGUUGUGCCUUAAAGGAAAAGCAAGCAUAAAUCAAUGUAGAUAUUAUUACUCUCAAGGAUUCAAUUAAGAGCUUCAAUUUCUAUUUUAAUUGUGUCAAUUUUAUUUAAUGAGUUCUGUGAAAUAAUCACCGUACAUCAAGGGAUGACGUCAGAAAUUAAAUAUUGAAUUUAUUACUUUAUAUCUGUGGUUUUAAAUGCUCAAAAUAGGUUAAUUGUGGCAAAAUAACAAGGAGUGCAUAUUGAAAUUAACGCACAAAUAAAGUUUGUUUCGAAUUUUUUAUCAUAGACUCUAUUUCCCUUAUAUCCAAUGCUAAUAAUUCUAUAAAAGAAACUCUCGUGUAUAGUGACAGUGUUAAACAGUUCAGUCCCUUAGAGGGGAAAUAGUAAAUAAUUCAAACGUCAAAUCUAUUUGGUCCCAAUGCUUGACCGAAAUUAUUAAUUUAUUCACUGGCAUAACUCAAAGAUUAUUAUUAAAAUCUGCAUUAAAAUGAUGAAAGUUGAGCUGAUAUGAUUCAUCGAUUUUUGAUCUGCAGAGAAUUUCAAUUAGUAAACAAGUGAAUAUCAUUAAUAGAAUUGAUUGCAUACUUAUCAUCUUCACUCAGGAAAUAAGCCAUUUUUGUGGUUUGAAAGGCAUUGAAUGGCGUCCUUAAUGGGAUUGUAUAAGCUCCCAUAUUUUCAUAAUACAUAAUAUCGCCAAUUUCUAGCAUUUCCAAGUCAAUAUUCUCGCAUACUUUAUCAGUACUGUCGCACGUCGGUCCCCAAAUCGUGGUUUUGAAUGUCUCUCCGGUUCGUUUGUGCGACAGCACUUUAGGAAUUAUUUCCUCCGGACCGAGUGGGAUGAAAAGGAAGUUUGAGUAUACUCCCUCAUUCUGAUAGUACAUAAUGUCAAGAAUACUUCCAUCGACAUUUCUAGUGACCUUUCUUGAAU